GGCCAAUAGGAGGCGUCCUCUGGAAGCCCUCGUUCCCACCCCUCGACUGAAAGAAACAGAGUUUCUUGAUGGCGAUAGAAAGAAAUGCUGAUGCUGCUAAACAUGGAAGCUAAGUAAGUUGCUUCACAAUCUUUGCUGGAAAGCAAGAGGAGAGGAAAGUACUCACACAGAGAAUGGACGAGUCGUUUGAUCCACUCAAGUGCAACGAGGACCUGCCUUCCUCACCUGGUUGCCACAUGGAAUACGACGACAUGCCUGAACUGCAGGAGGUGGAGGAAGACCAGAGGUCUCAGGGCUUAUUUCAGGUCGGAGCCGUGUCCCACCAGGAGCUCGGCUGCUCCCCUAACACCAACUGGCUUGCCGAGUUAGCCAACAUCGCCACCAGUCCCCAGAGUCCUCUGCUGAAGGACGUGCCACACAAGAGAUCAUCUCCAGUUCACAUCUUUGGCAACAGUAACAGUUUACAUUCCUAUGCCCGGCCUCCGUUAGCCAGCAGCGCGCCCAGCCCUUCCAGAGGCCACCUCAGGGAGCGCCGACGCGUCCGGGCCAGCAGUGAAUCAGAGUCCGGGGUUUUCUCCAUGUCCUCGUCGUUUUCUGAUGACGAAGACAUGGCGUGGUCUCAUUCCUGGCCGUCCACAGCCUGGCACUGCUUCCUAAAAGGAACCCGCCUGCGCUUCCACCGAGGUCCGAAUGUGGAAUGGCAAGAAGCUGAUGAGCUGGGGGAUUCGGACGACGACUCUGAUGACGAAAACAUGUCACAGUCCUCGUUCUCAACCAAAAGAUUUGGUUCAGACGGACUUAAACUCGUAAACCAUGAAGAUACAGUAUCCUUUGGCCAGGCUGCGCUCAAGCUGACCUUUGACCCCGGCUCCCCAGAAAAAGGUCUCCUCACAGCCGAAUGCAGAUUGGAUCAUCCGUUUUUUGUCAAGAACAAAGGGUGGUCUUCCUUUUACCCAAGCCUUACCGUGGUGCACCAUGGGAUUCCUUGCUAUGAGAUGCAGCUGGGGGAUGUGUGCCUGCCACCAAACCACCCAGAUGCCAUCAACUGUGACGACUCGGUUGUCUUUGACACUUUCAGAAGCUAUGACUUCACCCCACUAGAUUCCUCAGCAGUCUACGUUCUCAGCAGCAUGGCCCGUCUGCGCAGAGCCUCCCUGUCCAGCGGGGGCGCCGUCAGUCCAGACUGCGAUAAGCUGGAGCGCUCCUGCUCCCCACAAUCCUCCAGCAGCAAAUCCCACCGGAGCCACCUCUCAGGGACAGCCAGCGGUGCCACGCCUACGAAAUGCAAGCGGCCAAUGAACGCCUUCAUGCUCUUCGCCAAGAAGUACCGAGUGGAGUACACGCAGAUGUAUCCCGGAAAGGACAACAGAGCCAUCAGUGUCAUCCUGGGUGACAAAUGGAAGAAGAUGAAGAACGAGGAGAGGAGGAUGUACACCAUGGAGGCCAAGGCUUUGGCCGAGGAGCAGAAGAGACUCAAUCCAGACUGCUGGAAACGGAAACGAACCAACUCGGGUUCCCAGCAGACUUAGACCAUCUUCCGCUCGUUGCCUCUUUGCCUCUCCUGCAUCCUCGAGACUCAACUGUGAUGCUGAAUUCACUCGCUUUUGUAACCUCGACACAUUUAUAGUGACAAAACAGAACUAUGAAACGUAUACAGAACAUGUAAUCCAGUCACUAACAGCUUAUAUAUUUUCAUAUAUCUUUUAAAGAUGUCUUAUUCUCUAGGAGGAAAAAAAAAAAAGAGUGUGAAACUUCUCACCUCCUUCAGGUCAUUUCUUAUCCAGCUGCAAAAAAACGAAAAAUCAAUUGCACAGAAAAAGCCGCGAGCAUUAAUACAAUUGUACAAAAAAAAGGCAAUAUUAGCAAACUUUUGUACCUGUUUGUAUUUGUUUUUGUAUGCCUAUGCACAGAUUGGUGACUCGGUUUGUAUUACAUUGUAUAUUCUACCGCUGAACGAUGGCCAACAGUUUAUAUGAAUCCCUAUCAUGCCACCAGUCAACUUUCUGCACUUUAUAUAAAUAAUGUAAUCUGAAUCUAUACAACCAAUGUAUACAGAUAAAAAAAAAUAAAUAAAAAAUGUUUGUAUAUUGAAACUAGUAUCUUAGUAGUUAGCCAUUUAACACAGCUAUGGCCCAGCAGUCAGGCUCUGCUUUCAGGUUGAAUUUUAAGUGCUUUGUUGAUAAUGUACAGGUUUCACUGCACCAACGACCCCUGUUGCACAGAAUAUCCUUGUAUCAUAUUAUAAAUAAUUUUUUUUUAAACUUCUCAA